AUGUCCGAAACCCCUAUCUAUCGCAUCGUACGCGCUGACAACUGUCGGUAUAGUUCGAGGGAUGAGAAAGUCAGCAACCUCGUGGUUCGCAACGUAAACGCCUCGGAAGAGGAUGAGGACGAGGUUUUGGAAAAGAUGGUUCCCACGGAUUUGAUGACAGCAACGGGAACCAUAGGAAUAGGAGCAUCCCAAGGCUGGGUAGCUACUUUGAAAGACCAAGUCCUGUGUCUACAAGAUGAUCUAAACCCUUUCGCUUCGGAGUCAGAUCCGAAGCGAGUCUCACUGGCUUGUCCCAAAACGCUGCCUCAUUGCCAAACCCAAAUGGUAACCAACAUCGCCAUGUCAUCCUCUUCUCCUUGGGACGAAGAAUGCAUUUUAGCCGUUAAAUUCUUGGGGCCCCAACUCAGCCUAUGUAGACCAGGUUGUCAAAAAGAAAAGUGGGUCAACAUCAGAAUCAAAGACCAAAGCUUCUUUUCGUCACGUGUCAUGUAUUCAGAGAAAGAUAAAAUGUUCUCCAUGGUGGGUCGUGGAGGCACACACACGGGAUCUUGGGAUUUUGAAAGCCAAAGAUUUCGUGAUCGAUUUGAUUUUGGAUCCUAUAAAGAGUUUAUGGACAGAUCUCAUGACUUUACAGAUAUACGCCAUAAAGAGUUUGUGCAGUCGGAGAUGGAGGAGUUGUCUAGGUGUAGCAGGAGCGAACACUUGGUGGAAGCACCCUCAGGUCAAACUUUUAUAGUUAAGUGGUACACAGAUAUCUGCUAUGAAGAUGGGGUGCCGCGUUCGAAAUGUUUCAUGGUGUUCGAGUUUUUGGGUGGAGAAUGCAUAGCCACUGAUGACAUUAAAGAGUUUUGUAUUUUUCUAUCAAGUAAAGGCGAACCUUUCUGUGUAGAGGCUGACUUGUAUGGCCUAACCCCAAACUGCAUCUAUUACGUGAGCGACUUUGACUAUGGAAAAGUCAAUUUAGGGAAUGAUGAAUGGGUUGGUGGAAAUGGCUUUUUCCCUGCCCCUUACUUCAUUCCACCUCAAACCUAUUAG